AUGCACCUGCCGGGCUGCGCCCCCGCGAUGGCGGACGGCAGCUUUUCGCUCGCCAGUCACCUGCUCCGCAGCCCGGGCGGAGGCACCUCGCGUCUGCACAGCAUCGAAGCCAUCCUGGGGUUUACCAAGGACGACGGGAUCCUCGACUCCUUCCGGGCGGAGCGGGACGCCGGAGGCGCGAAGGAGCGGGACAAGAAGCCGGGCGCUCGGGCCGCCUGCCCCAAGGCGCCUGAGGAAGGCGCUGAGCCCUCGCCCGCGCCCGCCUUGGCUCCAGCCCCGGAGUUCGAAGUCUCUCGCCCCCACUGCCUCAAGGAGCCUGGGGAGGCGCGGCUGACCCCGGGGCUGCCUGUCGGGCCGGCCACCGCCGGCGACUCAAAGCUGUCGGAGGAAGACCUGCCCAAGAAGAAGCACCGUCGGAACCGCACGACCUUCACGACGUACCAGCUGCACGAGCUGGAACGCGCGUUCGAGAAGUCGCACUACCCCGACGUGUACAGCCGUGAGGAGCUAGCCAGCAAGGUCAACCUCCCCGAAGUCCGGGUGCAGGUGUGGUUCCAGAACCGACGGGCCAAGUGGCGGCGGCAGGAGAAGCUGGAAGUGUCGUCCAUGAAGCUGCAGGACUCCCCCCUUCUCUCCUUCAGCCGCUCCCCUCCGCCGCCGCCGCCUGCCUACGCCUGCGGGCCCGGCUUCGGGGACAAGUUCCCGCUGGACGAGACGGACCCGCGCAACAGCAGCAUCGCGGCACUGCGCCUGAAGGCCAAGGAGCACAUCCAGGCCAUCGGGAAGCCGUGGCAGGGCCUCUAG